GUUCAAUAGCGCUUUGAUUUAACCCUCCAGAAAAUCAUUAACGGUAUUAACGCACACUGCGAGAGGAGAGCCAUCACGAGCGAAUUAUUUUGUGGGAAAUUCGGAUAGUUACUGGAGCUUUACUCCCUGUAGAUGUAAAAAGAUGGAAUACGGCUGGCUUCGAAUGUAUGAGCUAUCUUCAAUAAGUAUUUCUGUGAAUGUAAUUGUGAGGGAGUAAUAGGAAAUACAUUUGGAAUAUUAAACUUGUGAAGGGUUACAAUACAGUCAAAACACUACCGGCAUAGAUAGCUAAUUGAUUUGCCACGUGAAAAUGGUGCUUAGAUAGAACACCAUUUUAGACUCUGGACACUUGCACAUAAAAAUACCUAGCAAUUUUUGUCAACAUAUAUUAAGAUAGUUAUGAAUAAAUUGUGUUUAACAGAUGUAUACGCAAAGGUGCAAUGCGAAGAACAAUAAGGAACCGAAAUAUCAGUACAAAUAAUUAAUCAUUUAUCUGUAAAUGACAGGUAUACCUAUCGAAUUCAAUUCAUAAAUUGAUGAUGAAUUCUAUAAACCGCUAGCAUAGUUUAAUUGUUUCUUAAAUAUUCGUAUAACGCGUUUGGUAUUAAAAACUGAUAAAAUGUGAUAAUAAACGAAUAAUUAUUUAGUUUGCUUUAUAAAUAAAUAUAUUGUAACAAAUUUCAAUCCUUAGAAUUAUCUUAUCAUUGCAACGAAUCAUGAGCAGGAGAGCAAGUUUAUUCGCUAAACAGAAUCCGGAAGUAAAAAAGCAGAAGGGUGUACGGUUUCCAGAUGAGUUGGUGUUUUUGGACAAUAUAAAGGAAAACGAUAUACAUGCACUAGAUCACAUGUUGAGAAGAGCCAGUUUACAAGUAGACAUUAGUGGGAUUAAUGAUGCUGGUUUAACGCCUUUACAUCAAGCGGUACUAGAUGGCAAUGACAGUGCUGUAAGACUUCUAGUUGCACAUGGUGCAGAUAUCAACAAACAAGACGACGAUUCUUGGACGCCACUUCAUGCCGCUUGUGCGGAGGGGUAUGCGGAUAUUGUUGCGUUUCUCUUAGAAAAAGGUGCAGAUAAGACAAUAUUGACGGAAGAAGGUGAAAGACCACUUGAUCUCGUAGAACCGUCUGAUCUAGAGACCAUCCGGGUAAUGCUGGGAAAUGUUCAGCCGUGUGAUAAUGACCAAUCAGAUGACGACACGCUAGAACAAGAUGGUGUUACUACUUCCGUUUCCGGAUGACCUAGUUUCAGGCUUCCGUCUUUAACCAAAUAUCUUUUUUUAAUAUUUUGGUUAUUGUGGUAAGAUUAAUGCCAAAAGCAAUGUGAAAUGGAUAACCUUCACAAAGUGACAUUACAUCUACAGUGCCAUUAUAUUUGAAGACUUACACAUACGAAAAGUAAUAGUACCUUGUCUUACAUUCUGCAUUGUGUCAUCUGCAUUUAUUAUAUACGGAUAUAUUGUUUUACACAAAUUUUCCAAAUAUUGCUUGAUUUGUGCAUAGAAACAUUUUGAUAUUCUACAAAGCACCAGUUGAAUUAGUGCACAUUUCGCUUUUAUACGAGAAAGGCGAUUGGGCUGAACCUAUACACAUAACAAUGGCAGUUGUGUACAACAUGAAUAUAAAAUGAACUUUCUACACGUGAACGUUUGAUUAUUCGACCUUUGCAAGUGUGUAUUUACGCAUUUAACCAUUUUAACCUAGAAAACAUAUGUAAUCACACUUGGAAUUCAAUACGAGAUAAUGAGAAUAACAUUCUACUGUCUAUAGAUAUCGAUGUUAUGGUAGGUGUGAGGUUUACCGUCCUUCCACCCGAGCCUUAUAUCAUUGAUAUCAAAAAACUGUUAUGUACUUGUUGAGACUAUAGAAUAUGUUUAGGAUAAAGUCACACGACACUGAAACUGGACUCUUUAAUAAAAUUGAAUUUCGGAUGGAACUGAUGUAAAAACUAGUUCGUCAGUAUGAACGUGCACAAUUUUGUUAUCAGGUCAUUGAUGUGAAAAACAAAUUAUCAGGCAAGUGUUAUCAGGCCGUUUUCAUAGUACUGUACUGUAGUUGCAUGAUAAAUUGCAGAUACAAGAAUCCCCCAAGCCGUUAAACAAUUUGUGCGCACUUUAAAUCAGAAUCAUUUUAACUGCAAAAACAGAAGGAAAAGACUUCAAAUUUGGAAUAACAAGAACCGCCGUCGUUAAUGCUAUUGAUUGUUUUACCAGUUUAAUGUCGUUUCUUCCUUAAUUCACUAAUUGUGAUGUCGCACUGGAUUUUGUUAUGGUAGCUGGCACCCUAGCAGCCUGGUAGAAUACGAGGUUGUAAUCGACAGGUUUUACCAUUACGCUCCAUGUCAAUCAAUUUGACAGAAGAAAAUUUAUGAGGAGUAAAUCCUACUCGAUCCACUUCUUAUUUAUGUGAGAAAGCUGCUGUUAUUGUGGAAAUACUGACGCGGUGUUUGGACAUGAAUUGUGAAUUUCACAAGAAAAUAUAAUAAUGACAGCUCUGUAUUUCUAAUGUUUAAUUACGUUAAUCAAGACUAGAAAAGAACUGUCGUGAAAAAUGAACUAUUUGCAAUAUUUCAAUGUCCAUAUGUUAUGUUUAAGUUCUCAGAGAAACCCAAAAUACAAAGGAACACCGAUAUUUUAUAUAUUUCUAAAGAAAUAAGAAAUAAAAAAAUGGCAACUUU